AUGAAGUAAUAUCAAAAUGAAAUUAUAAACAAAGAUGAAGGCCACUUGGAACUAAUAAAUUCGUAUAACUUAGGUUAAUAAUAUGUUGAUUAAUUGCACUAUAGUAGUGAGCAUUCAAUCCUAUUGAUGAGAAUAGGGAGAAAAAUCAAUGUCUUUAUUUUUAAUGAAUUAUCACUUAAAUUAAUUGGAAGUUUCCUUAACAGUAGAGAGUAUUUCUCAAAUAUAUUUUCAAUGAAUAAAUAAAAUGUGAUUAUCUCUGGAGAUUCAACUGGAAAGUGUAAAUUAUUUUAGCUGUCUAAUUUGAUCUCAAGUCGUUAUUUGUAUCUACUACAAGGACAUAAUGGUUGCAUCUCAUAUAUUGAUAUGAAUGAUCAAGAAAGCGAUUUGGUUACUAGUAGUGUUAAUUCAACAAUAAAGUUUUGGAAUAAAAGAAACAUAUGGUGUUGUUACUAAACUAUAAUCUAACAUUAAGAUCUUCUUUUAGGGUUUAGUUUGAAUAAUUCUGGAAAUCAAUUAGUUUCAUAUGGGUUUGAUGAUUACGUUUUAGUAAUAUAGAAAGUGAAAAAUAAAUAAAUUUGGUAAGUAAUCCAAAAAAUUAGUGAUCGAUUAUUUAAGGCGGAAGGCUAACUUACAUCAGUGAUACUAAAUUUUACAUACAGCCAAAAGAGAAAGAUUUAAUGAUAGUAUAUAGUAAUGAGGUAAACCAGAAUUUCUUUUAAUAAACAGCUUAAAUUAAAUUAUGGUAAGGAUCUUCUAGUCUAGAUUGUUUAUCUAAGAUACAAUUUGUAAGAUCAAAUUUGGUGCUUGUUUAAAAGUUGGACAAAAUUAUAAGUUGUCUUAAGUUAAAUUUAGACGGAGAUGUUAUUUCUUAGGAAUAUAUAGAUAUUUCUAAAAAGAAAUUUGUUGCAUACAUGAGUUAAGAUGCAAACUAUUUAUUUAUAGCAAAUUGUGAUUCAUAUUAAUUAUAAAUCAGAAAGAAUUUUGGAUUUUGA